AUGAUAAUUAAGGUCAACUCGACUCAAACAUUGGAGAACCAAGAUUUUAAUAAUGUUCAAAAUAGAAAUGAAUGCAAAAAUGAAAAAACUGUAAGAAUAUACGCCGAUGGGAUUUACGAUCUCCUACACUUAGGCCAUAUGAGGCAACUGAAACAAGCAAAACAAAUGGAAAAAGAAGUAACACUAAUUGUUGGUGUUUGUAGUGAUAUAGAUACAAGAAAAUUUAAAGGACAAAUUGUGCAAACCUUGGAAGAACGAACAGAAACAUUGAAGCAUGUUCGAUGGGUGGAUGAAAUAAUUUCUCCAUGCCCUUGGGUAAUAACACCUGAAUUUAUGGAAGAACACAAAAUUGACUUUGUUGCACAUGAUGAUAUUCCAUAUGCUAAUAAUCAAAAGAAGAAGAAAAAAAAAAAAAACAAAUCAAACAGUAUUGAAGAAUCAAGUGAUGAUAUAUAUGCAUGGUUAAAAAAGGCUGGGAAAUUUAAAGCUACCCAAAGGACAGAAGGAGUUUCAACCACGGAUUUAAUUGUAAGAAUAUUAAAAAAUUAUGAAGAUUAUAUUGAACGAUCAUUACAAAGAGGAAUUCAUCCGAAUGAAUUAAACAUUGGUGUUACUAAAGCUCAAUCAAUUAAAAUGAAAAAAAACUUAAUUCGAUGGAGAGAAAAAGUAACAGAUGAAUUAACCAAAGUUACCUUGACUGAUAAACCACUUGGUACAGAUUUCGAUCAAGGGAUAGAUAUAAUUAGAGAUAAAGUACAUGGACUAUUCAAAUUAUGGAGACAUCAUUCUAAAAAAUUACUAAAAGAUUUUGCAAAAUCUUUUGAUCCAAUGUUUAUAAUUAUUAGAAAAAAAAACAGAAAAGAUAGCAUUUCAGGUAUGUAUAUGUCAGAUUCUAAUUUCUUAUUAAGAACUGUAAAAGAGGAUUUAAAAAGGAGUAAAAGCUUAAGUAACACUAUAAACAAUAUUGAUGAAUAUUAUUACUCAGCCGAUGAAGAUGAUGAUACUAGUAAGGCUACUAACGUCCACAGUUUCAUAAGUAAAGUUGCAAAUAAUACCUAUAACAAUGAUAUCGAUAAUUAUGAAACAUGUUUUGAGUUGGAAUCUUGUUCCAAUGAUCGACGCAAGUGGGUGAUGAAUAAUUCCAUUGCACAAAGUGGCAGAUGUGGUAAUUUCAAUGGAUUUAGUGAAAGAAAUGAACACAAAUGUAACUUAAACCAAAAAUUAGGACCUGAUGAAUUACACUUCAUCACCAGUGAAACACAAAUAAUAAAUGACUCUCUGUCAAAACACUCCAAUAAAAAUCAAACGAAACAUUUAUUGAACACAAGUAGUACAAGUAGAAAAAGCGAUUGCAACAUAUACCAUAAAUCAACAUAUCAUGAUAUAAUUGAUGAAGGAAAUAUCCCCAUUCAUAAUAUAGUAGACAAACAUAGCGCAAAAAAUUUGUGCAGUUCGAACAAUAUGAACUCAUGUGAAGAAAAUCAACGUAACAUUUAUGACAAGGAAGAAUAUAAUAUUUGUUCGGAUCAUCAUUCUGCAGAUGGUAGGUGGUAUGGUCACAUGAAAAUAAAAAGGAGGAGUAACAGUAAGGACAAAUCAUCAUCAUGUGUGGAAAAAAGGGAAGAAUCAGAGGAAGAAAGUCAUUUCAGUUGUAGUGAAGGAGAAAGUAGCCAUAGCAACAGUAGUAGCUACAGUAGUGCUAGUGAAGGAACAGGAAACACUCCGGAAGAAAGUGAUACAUCAGAAUUUUUUAAAACAAAAAGACAGCCGGAAUUUUCCCAAGAAAAGAAAGGAACAACAUCCAAUGAGAAGAGCGAAACGACUAGUGAACUUAUGAAAAAAGAAAAGGAUAAAAAUGAUGACAUGCAAGAAAAAGACAGUCCAAGUGAUAUGCAAGAAACGAGGAAAACAGCAAAUUGCGAUCUGACGAAUAAAAAAAAAAUUGUAAUUUAUGCAGACGGAGUGUAUGAUAUGUUACACUUAGGACAUAUGAAACAACUUGAACAAGCCAAGAAAAUGUUUCAAAAUACUACUCUCAUAGUAGGAGUUACAAGUGACAAUGAGACAAAGCUUUUUAAGGGACAAAUUGUGCAGACCUUGGAAGAACGAACAGAAACAUUGAGACAUGUUCGAUGGGUGGAUGAAAUAAUUUCUCCAUGCCCAUGGGUAAUAACACCCGAAUUUGUUGAAAAAUAUAAAAUUGACUUUGUUGCACAUGAUGAUAUUCCAUAUGCUAAUAAUCAAAAGAAGAAGAAAAAAAAAAAAAACAAAUCAAACAGUAUUGAAGAAUCAAGUGAUGAUAUAUAUGCAUGGUUAAAAAAGGCUGGGAAAUUUAAAGCUACCCAAAGGACAGAAGGAGUUUCAACCACGGAUUUAAUUGUAAGAAUAUUAAAAAAUUAUGAAGAUUAUAUUGAACGAUCAUUACAAAGAGGAAUUCAUCCGAAUGAAUUAAACAUUGGUGUUACUAAAGCCCAAUCCAUUAAAAUGAAAAAAAACUUAAUUCGAUGGGGAGAAAAAGUAACAGAUGAAUUAACCAAAGUUACCUUGACUGAUAAACCACUUGGUACAGAUUUCGAUCAAGGAAUAGAAAAUCUACAGAUAAAAUUUAAGGAAUUAUUUAAAAUAUGGAAAAAUGCAUCUAACAAAUUAAUUAAUGAUUUUACGAGCAAACUUGACACAACAUCAUAUUUGUCAUCCCUACAAAAUUUCGUAGAUAAUGAGUACGAUUUGUAUGACUCUGCCAGCAGCAACUGUGACGAAGAAACCAACAGCUAA